ACUCGUCCAAGAAAUACUUCAACACUUGACGUCGUCAUAAUAGACAGUGACACCGAUGACAACGGAACUUAUACACUAAAUAUGAAUUCAAAUUUACAAUAUGGAAGUCAAGGUUAUUUUGGUUCAAAUGUUACUAUCCUUUCUACAAACACACAAAGUUCUCCGAGCAGCAUUUCACUCAACAGUCGGAGCAGAACCGAUUCAGACCGUAAUGGCGGCGGGCCUAUUAGGUCAAGUUCCAAUCGUGCUUCACGCUCAAGCUCACGCCGUUCCACCUCAAAUCGUACAAGUCCAGGUCGUUCAACUCGAUCACAAAAUUCUUCAGAACGUUAUUCGGCGAUUUUAAAUAUCAACUCUCAUCAUCUUCACAGUGGAAAUUCGUCGGUUAGACAACAUUCCUCGGCUUUCUUGCCAUACAAUUUUUCCGUGACAUACACCGCAGAAGGAAUGACCCGUCAUGAUUCACACGAAAGUCAAUUUCCUUUACGCAAUAGUUCAGCUACGACCAAUCUUAAUUCCAAUGAUGUCCAAAUUCUAAGUACACCACCACCUGUCCCUC